AUGAAUAUCACUGCUGCUGCUCAAGCUCUCAGGAAAGCUCAAAUCCUAAAAGACAAAGUCCAGCAAUCCAAAGACUUACUAAACGACAAUGAAGCCUGGAUAACCCAGCAAGAGCUCCAAAAAAUUUACCAGCAAGUAUUAAUCUUAGACCUUGAAUACGCUCUGGACAAAAAGGUCGAGCAAGAGCUCUGGAACCUGGGUUUCAAGAACUACAUAGCAAUCCUCCAAGCGCAGGUAAAAGAUCGCAAGAAUGUCCACCGAGCAGAGUCCCAAGCCAUGCUGAGCUGGUGCUUGGAAGCAGCCAGCGGCUUUUACCAAAGUCUUCUCCAGGAAAUAUGCGCGGCGUUCAACCUGGACCUGGCGUUCCGCCGAAAAGGGGACAUUUAUGGACUAUCAAGUCCCUGGGAGGCGGUCCAGCGGGUCCAGAAGAUCAACAAGCAGUCUUCAAGACACCGUUCCUCGUGCUUCUACGUCUGCCAGUACUGUCUAGUCCACCUGGGUGACAUAGCCCGUUAUCGGAACGAGAACAAGCAAGCAGAACUUUUUUACAGACACGCUGUUUCCUUGGCGCCUUGGAGCGGGCAGCCGUACAACCAGCUGGCGCUUCUGGAGGCCUCCAAAGUCGACAAGCUUGCCACGGUUUACUACUACGCUCGCUCGGUUGCUGUUAAGCACCCGUUCCACGUGGCUGCUAGCAACCUGGCCAAGACUCUGGAGACUCUGGACGAGGAUCUACUCUCUCAUCGACACUUUGCUAAAUUAAACGCCACUGAGUACACAGCGUUUUUCCUAAAGUUCCACGGCGCGAUCCACCAGAAUCACCUCAAGGAAGCCGACUCUGGAAAAAGCGCUGCUGAGUACAAAAAGUCACUAACUGACAGCAAUUUUACAGGCUUGAUCGCGACCGAUGGCUUCAACUCCUGGAAGCUGGUUCAAAUGUUGGUGAUAAAUUUGUACGCGCUGCACCACGUGUCCGGAAAUUCAUCCUUCCAAGAGUUACUUAAGCCCGACCAGCUGAGUUCUGAUGAACAAUUAUCGCGUAGUUAUAUUCUUGACAUAAUUGCAGGAAGUCUAUCAGCCUUGUUGCUGCCAGUCUACACCCUCAAGACGAGUGUCACGGACUACUUUGCGCUUCCAACGAUAAAACUGUACCUAGAGUGGCUGAUGAGUCAACCCUCGGCAAAAUCACUUCUAGAAGAACCAGCCUUUUCAUCCCGGCUCCAAAUCUGGCCUAGUUUAUGCGCACUCCUGAAUGGUCUUAGCAAAGAGCUAGGAGACUUUGACGGUGAUAAAUUUAUAAAAAUUCCUCUACCAGAAGACUGGGAGCUCCAGGGUUUUUUGCCACUGGAACAGAGCUUUGAAAAGCUAAAAUUCACCGAUGAGUUUGUGGGCGGAGAUGACCUUAAGAAAUUGCGCGCUGUAAGAAUUAUUGAAUUAGGAAGAUUGCUGACAGAGUACCAGGUGAGUGGAUCCAACUUGAUCACGCUGGACUCCGGAGAGUUUGUUUCCACGACGAACAAUUCGAUAAAUAAUAAGCUACUUAAGGAGCUGAAGGAGUUUACACUGAGGAUAGAGCUUCAGGAGAUUGCAGAUGGCGCUGCUGACAGGAAGAAAGAUAAUGGGAAGCACACUAGGAACCACACGCAGCAAAAUGUUUUUGUUAAGAGGAAUCCAGCACCGCUGGCUAGAAAAAUCAGGCAGAAUAUCGCGAUCCAGGCAAUCAUGAGACGCGCUGAGAUGGACCAGGUGCCUCAGGAGAGUUCUCAGACUUUGGACAAGCCUAUUGAUAAUAUUUCUGAGUCUAAGGCUAGUCUUGAGUCUGCGCCGAAAGUUUCUGGCCCUCUAGCGGAGACCGUUCCAAGUGUUCCAAUAGUUCCAAGCCCGGAACUGAUAAACGUCCCGGUUAAUAUUCCUCCGUACUUUGUACCGAACCCCGUCGUUAUGCCUCAGCUGAAUGGAGGAAUGCACCAGGUCAAUGUUAAUCCAUGCGAGGGCUUGAAAAAUCGGAUGCUCUCCGUGGAAGACGUUGAGAGUAGCGUGCUAGGAAAGAGCAUUCAGUGCAAUAAUUUGGAGCAAGACCAGCUUGGGCUGUUCAUGAACCAACCGACCAAUGUUGACUACAGACUUAUGAAUGAAGAACGGAGCUUUAAUAUGUGGAACCCUCAGAACACUGCGCCUAACUCCUGGUGGUCGAACACCGAGGCUCCUAAAAAUUGUGAUUAUGAUGUAAACUCUUAUGCUAAUUGGUCUUAUCCUCCCGGUGGCUUACCGGCUACGUCUAAUGCGCAACAACGAACGGUUAAUAAUGAAGAAAACGUGUACUCGUUAUUUAGUGAAAAUUCAUGGGAAUCGAGUGGACAUAAUAAUUUUCCUAAUAGCACUUCGGUUGAUAAUAAUCAGCAGCAACAACGUUCUCUCUGGUCUGGCCCCGGACCUUCUCCGCUGGAGCGGUUGCUGGAGCAGCAAAAAUUGUUACGCGGUGAUGCUAAAAAUUUGGAGGAUAAAUAUAUGUAA